AUGGCGUUUGCUGGGACAAAUGUCAGUUUGUCCCAGCCGGAUAUAACGCAAAAACUGACGGAGCGCAUAGAUGAUCUGAAGCAGAGAAUCGCUGCUUGGGGAAAGCGGAUUCGGCGAUAUACCGAGAGGUCGACACGGUUCAACCAGAAUCGUCUCUUCCAGAGUGAUCAGAAGAGGCUCUAUGAACCAUUGGAGCGACCAAUGGUAAGUGGAACGGGUCCAGCACCGAAUCAGGCCGUCACUGUAGCAUUCUGGCGCGGCCUGUGGUCAGAGCCCGUAAACCACAACGAGGGCCCUUGGACGGAAGUUGUGGCGAGUCAGUGUGCGGGUAUUACGCCCAUGGACCCCGUCAUCAUAACGCUGGAUGACGUAGCUGAGGCGGUCCGUAGGGCCCCGAACUGGAAAAGUUCGGGGCUUGACGGGCUGCAUCACUACUAG